GACAAAGAAGGCUGAUGACAUAUUAUGCAAAAAAGCAGCAAAACGCCCCUUUCCACCUCCUCGACCCAGUUGGCUCCAAGCACUAUGACGAAAGACAGAACAGACGUCAGCAAAGAACAAGAGAUCGUUCGGGAAGAUGUUUCCUCGCUCAGGGAAAUCCAUCGUCUUUGACAGCUUUCCAGAUCCAUCAGACACAUGGGAGAUCAUUGAGACUAUUGGUAAAGGGACUUAUGGAAAAGUUUAUAAAGUGCUUAACAGGGUCAAUGGCAGCAAAGCCGCUGUCAAAAUACUGGAUCCAAUCCAUGAUAUUGAUGAGGAAAUUGAAGCUGAGUAUAACAUCCUGAAAGCUCUUUCAGACCACCCCAAUGUCGUCAAGUUCUUUGGAAUGUUCUACAAGAAGGAUGUCAAGAACGGGGACCAGCUAUGGCUAGUGCUAGAGCUGUGUAACGGAGGGUCUGUCACAGAUCUGGCUAAAGGUAUGCUGAAAAGAGGAGACCGCAUGGAGGAACCCAUCAUAGCCUUUAUCCUGCAUGAAGCUCUCAUGGGUCUCCAGCAUUUACACAUCAAUAAGACCAUCCAUCGAGACGUCAAGGGCAACAACAUCCUGCUCACCACAGAAGGAGGAAUCAAGCUGGUUGACUUUGGAGUAUCUGCCCAGCUUACAAACACUCGGCUAAGGAGGAACACUUCAGUUGGAACACCCUUCUGGAUGGCCCCUGAGGUCAUCGCGUGUGAGCAGCAGCUCGACUCCACGUAUGACGAGCGCUGUGACGUUUGGUCUCUGGGUAUCACGGCCAUAGAGCUGGGUGAUGGAGACCCGCCCCUCGCUGAACUUCAUCCAAUGAGAGCUCUCUUCAAAAUUCCAAGAAAUCCUCCACCCACCCUACAUCAACCAGAGCUCUGGUCAAACGAUUUUAACGAUUUUAUAUGCAAGUGUCUGAUAAAGGAUUUUGAGCUGAGGCCCAAUGUGCUUGACCUUCUUCAGCAUGUCUUCAUCAAACAGAUUGUGGGCCGAGAGAGGACGCUGCAGAAGCAGCUGAUGGAACUAAUCGACCUCAACCAGCAAAUUGGCGUUAUUGAGAAAACAAGGCAUGAGCGUAUCCACACCAAAAAAGGCAGCCAUAUGAAGUCUCAAAGUCAAACGUGUGACGACGUGGAUGAUCUGGCAACCCUAGAGGUUCUAGAUGAAAACACAAUCACCGAACAGCUACAGAGACGUUACGCAAAGGAGCACGUCUACACCUAUGUUGGAGACAUUCUUAUAGCGGUCAAUCCAUUCCAGAAAACGGAGCUAUACACGCCUGAGCAUUCCAAGAGUUACAUUGGAGCCAAAAGAACGUCCAACCCUCCUCAUAUAUAUGCAGUCGCAGACAUCGCAUAUCAAUCCAUGGUGUCCUAUAAUGCUGAUCAGUGCAUUGUUAUCAGCGGAGAGAGCGGCGCAGGGAAAACAGAGAGUGCCCACCUGUUAGUCCAACAGCUGACCGUCCUCGGAAAGGCCAACAAUCGGACCCUCCAGGAGAAGAUUUUGCUGGUCAAUGGUCUGGUGGAGGCCUUUGGAAAUGCCUGCACUGUGAUCAAUGAUAACUCCAGUCGCUUUGGGAAGUAUCUGGAGAUGAAGUUCACCUGUGGAGGUACAGUGGUGGGAGCUCAGAUCUCAGAAUACCUCCUGGAGAAGUCUCGGGUCGUACACCAGGCUGUAGGGGAGCGUAACUUUCACAUCUUCUACUAUAUCUAUGCCGGUCUGGCAGAGAGGAAGAAACUCGGCCACUACAAGCUGUCAGACAGCAAAACUCCAAAGUAUCUCCACAAUGAGAAUGUUAAAUUAGUGCCUGACAUUGUGGGCAAUGCCUUCUACAAGGAGCAGUUUGAGACUGUGGAGCAGUGCUUCAAAGUCAUUGGCUUCACCCUAGAGGAGCUCGGAAGCGUGUACAGUAUCUUAGCUGGGAUCCUAAAUGCAGGUGAUGUCGAGUUCACAUCAGUGGCUUCUGAACAUCAGACGGACAAAAGCAACAUUUCCAACAUGGCAGUGCUAGAGAGUGCUGCUUCACUGCUGUGUAUCCGUGCGGAUGAGCUACAGGAAGCCCUGACCUCUCACUGUGUGGUCACACGGGGCGAAACCAUUGUCAGGUCAAACACAGUGGAGAAGGCCACUGAGGUGCGGGACGCCAUGGGCAAAGCCCUCUAUGGACGCCUGUUCAGCUGGAUCGUCAACCGCAUCAACUCUCUCCUGAAACCGGACAACCAGUCAGGAGAGGAAGGCAAGGGUCUGAACAUCGGCAUCCUGGACAUCUUCGGCUUUGAAAACUUUAAGAGGAACUCUUUUGAACAGCUCUGCAUCAACAUCGCCAAUGAGCAGAUCCAAUUCUACUUUAACCAGCACAUCUUCGCCUGGGAGCAGGAUGAGUAUCUGAAUGAAGAUGUGGAUGCUCGAGUGAUCGAAUAUGAAGACAACAGACCGCUGCUGGACCUGUUCCUUCAGAAGCCCAUGGGCAUGUUAUCGCUACUGGACGAGGAGAGUCGCUUUCCUCAGGCAACUGACCAGACCCUCGUCGAGAAAUUUGAGGACAACUUAAAAUCCAAAAACUUCUGGAGACCAAAGAGAGUUGAUCUGGGCUUUGGAAUCCAUCACUAUGCAGGCAAGGUGAUCUAUAAUGCCAGCGGCUUCCUGGCUAAGAACAGAGAUGCUCUGCCUGCUGAUAUUGUUCUUCUGCUGAGGUCGUCAGAAAAUGAACUGAUCCGUAAACUGGUGACUCACCCGCUCACUAAAACAGGUAACCUGGCUCACACUAAAGGCAAGGCUAUGGGCUCUGCUCGUAUGGGCACGCAACAAUCACAGCGCACCAUUAACUUUGCCAAGUCUUCCUCUCGGAAAUUAACUCCCACCCAUGACAAAACAAUGCUUGCCUUGCCCGUUGACACUGUACACAUGGCGGAGAGCACAGGGGACAGCACACAUCACCCCAGAGAGACCACCAACAUGAAGACACAAACUGUAGCCUCUUACUUCAGAUAUUCUCUAAUGGACCUGUUAUCAAAGAUGGUGGCAGGCCAGCCUCACUUUGUGCGCUGCAUAAAACCCAAUAAUGAUCGUCAAGCCCACAAGUUCGACAGGGAGAAGGUUCUGAUCCAACUGCGCUACACUGGAAUCCUAGAGACGGCCAAGAUCCGCAGACAGGGUUACUCUCACCGCAUUCUCUUCAACAAUUUCAUUGAGAGGUACUCUAUAUUAGCAUUUAGAGCCAAUGAAGAGCCAGCAAUGAAUCCAGAGACAUGUGCGAUUAUUUUGGAGAAGGCCAAACUAGAGAACUGGGUUCUGGGCAAAACAAAGGUCUUUCUUAAGUACUAUCAUGCGGAGCAGCUGAAUCUGAUGGUGAGGCAGACCACGGACCGGAUUGUUCUAGUCCAGGCAUAUGUACGGGGGUGGAUGGCAUUCAGACGAUAUCGUUUGAUGCUGGAAAAGAGAGAACAAAGUGCCGUGGUGUUACAAUCAGCAUACCGAGGACACAAAGUUCGGAAACGAGUGGCUGAUGACAAAAGCAAAGCAAAGUCAGAAGUUGCUUUAACCCAAUUUCAAGCUUUGUGCAGAGGAUAUCUGGCAAGGCAGACAUACAAGGAGUUAGUAGAUGAGAAGAACAAAGCUGCUGCAAAGAUCCAGGCCCAUUACAGGGGACACAAAGAGCGGAAGAGCUUUAAGAGGAAAAAAGAAGCCAUGCAAAAGGAAAAGACUGAAAAAACAGAGGAAGGGGCAGAGGUCCCAUCAGAAGCAGAUGGUCCAGUUUCAGAGGAGCCACCACAGGAAGGAGGUGAAAUGGAUGAUGCUGAUGAAAAGGCUGCUGUGGUCCUCCAGAGCAACUACAGAGGUUACAGAGAAAGGAAGAAAUACAAGGAGCGUCGGGAACGGAAUAAGACCUUGACCGGGGAUGAGCUGGCCAUUUCCUCAUCCAACCCUGAAAAACUUACUUCUGAAGAAGAUUUGGAUUCUAUACAAGAGGAAGGGCACGAGAAUAUAGAGGAAGAAAAGGAGACUGAAGAAGAGGCUGCAGAUGGAGGAGAUGAGGACCCUGAACAGGAAGCCAAGGCAGCCACUGUUCUACAGAGCAACUUCAGAGGUCAUAAAGAGCGUAAAAGACUCCAGGAGGAGGGUAAGAUACCGGUUAGAGGGAAGAAGGAGACACAGAGACCUUCUGUUGAGGAGGAGCUCCCUAUUCCAGAUCCACCACCUCCAGAAGAACUGAUGGAAUUCACAGAGGAAAUGGAACAAGAAGAUGAGGCUCCAGCUGAACCCUCAGGAGAAGAUGAACAGGCCAAAGCUGCUGUGGUCCUUCAGAGCAACUUCCGUGGCCACAAAGAGCGUAAAAGACUACAGGAUGAAGGCAAAAUCCCAAGGAAAAAGGCUAAAGAUGAUCUGGCUAAUCCAGAAGCUUCAGAACCAGACAUUGUUAUUGAGGACCUUCCACCUCCUCCAUUAGAACUUGAGCAAGACCAAGACCUGGAUUCCAGUCCAUCAGGGGCAGAUGAAGAACAUGCUGCAACUGUUUUACAAAGCAAUUUCAGAGGCCACAAGGAGAGAAAGAAAUUGAGAGCUGAGAGAGAAGGAGCCACAGGAAGAGAGCAAGAAAUGUCCCAAGAGGUGGAGGAGCAGGAGAAUGAGGAAGUUCUGGACAUCACAGAUGUUCAGCUGGAACGGAAGGAGGUAGAGGAAGAGGAGGACAUACAGGCUGAAGAAGGCCAAUACGAUGAGGAGCAGGCAGCCAUUAAAAUCCAGAGCAAUUUUAGAGGUUACAAAGACAGAAAGAACCUGAAAGCUACAUCACAAAAACAGGACGAGGAAGUGGAGUCGCUCUUCAGAGAGGUUUCCAAGGCUUCUGAGGAUUACCUUUCCCUGCAGAAGAAGUUAAAUGAAAUCAUCCUUGCCCAUCAGCUCAACCCCAGCAAAAAUGGGAUGUUUGUGAAAGGACAACCCAUGAAUGGCUACAUGGGCUGCUAUCAGCCACCAGCCGACACAAAACAGUCACGAACGCCUCGCCGCACACAACAACCAAAGACCCUGAACACGCCAGAGGACUCCACAUACUACACACUCAUUCAUAGGUCUGUCCAGGACGAUAAAAGGAGGCCGAGAAAACAAAGCCCCAAAAAGCUGGACAACGAUGACCAGUACUACCAGGGUUUGUCCAGCAGUAAAUCCACAAGCCUGCCCAGUGACAGACGGCGGUCCAGCAAACAGAGAGCUUCCACUGAAAGAAGACGCUCUUCUGAGACACCGCUGUCCGAGAUCCCUAAAUCUGAUAUCCCUAACGAUCCAAAUGAGAAGAGGCACUCAUUCUCUAGAAUGCCCUCUACAGAGAGUCAAAGUGAGGAAAACCCCUAUGACUACAGAAAGAUACUGAGGAAGACCUCCCAGAGACGAAGACUUCUAACACAGCCAUAACCCUCAACAACAGGACUACUGUAAAUACUGUCAGUGACUGAUGUGGUCAGCAAAGAAAUGCUGUUUGUCCUGAAAGGAAGAGCUCACCUAAAAAUGAACAUUCUGGCAUCAUUUACUCAUCAUCGUGUCAUUACAAACCCAUGUGGUUUUCUUGCAUGGAACACAAAAGGAGAUAUUUUGAAUAAUGUACCAUCUGCUCUUUUCCACACGAUUACAAAAAUCAAGAAACUGAAGCUUUCAAAUCUACAAUAAGCCACAAAGUGAUGUUUAAUUCAUCAAAGAAUCAUUCUUUUGAGUCAGACUUGAAUCGAUUGAAAUGAUUUGUUCACAAAUCUGACUGAUCCGAUUGUGGUGGCUAAAAGCUCACUGGAGGGGAAGAAAAAAACUUUGGGUGACCGUUACCGUUUUGGGUUGGCUUCCCAAAGAACCGGAAGUUGUGAUAGUCUUUUCUUCUCUAUUGUGAUUUAUAUCCAGGUGAAACGGCUUCUCAAACUAGAAAAAAAUGUAGGGCGGGACUUCAUUUUGUCUAUUGGGAAUUGAUUGGAUG